UCAAGACUGCCUCAUAGUGCCAAGCAAGCACUCAAAACAGCCUGAGAGAACUACACUAAAAGCCCUCACCCUCUUGCUUCAGUUUCCAUGGCCUCCGUCCACUGCUUCAAGGAUGCCGAGAAAACCUACUACCAACAGAGCCAAAACGGCCAUCCCAUGGAACAUAAAAUGAGCCACAGCCAGACCCAGUGCUAUGGCCAGAGCGAGAAACACCUUCCAUCGGGCCAUGGCCACAUGGCUAAAGCUCAUGGUCACCGCAGUGAGCAUGCCAUGGCCAAAACCCAGACUCCCUGCAUGGGCCAGAACAAUGGCCAUUACCUUGGCCAACAUGCCCAGACUCACUGCAUUACUCAAGCUCAUGGCCACAAGAAAGAGAAAUCUGCUUGCCAUGGGAAGUCUAAGAAGAAGGAGGAGCCCAAGAAGAAGGAGGAGCACAAGAAGAAAGAGAAGAACAUGCUCAAGAAGAAAUCCAAGGAAUGCAAAUCUGGUGAUAGCAGCAGCAGCAGCAGCAGCGAGAGUGAGAGCGAUCAUGACCACUGCUGAAAGGUGAAGAUAUAAAAGGUAGACAACCAGGAGGCUUAAGGGAAGCAGCUGUCAGACACCGGAUCAGAAGAAAGUCCCCUGUCAUCCUAUCCUAAAUAAAUAUGGUUGAUAACGUGCCACAACUUGUUAUAGUGCCUUGAUACAAAUCUUACACCUAUAUGGUGUCUUGUACUAAGAAUGCUAAUAAAAAAAUUUGCUUCUGAAA